AUGGAUGUGUUUCGUGCCGGUGGUAGCAAUGCAUUUAACGGGGGCGGCUUAGACCAGCUACUCCAACAGCAGCAGGCACAGCCGCAGUCGACAGCGGCUGCCACUGUGGAGGCUUCUGUGGCCGCGGCAACCCCGCCCCGCCCGUUUGGCAGCGGUCAUGUGUCGGCACACACGACGGUUCACAUCACCACGUCCACGGAGGUGGACCUCUGUGAUGAGAAGCGCAUCGACGACAUUCGUACGACCCUCCGCAUGCUGGAGGACAUUAGGCAUGGGCGUCAUCUCAUAAAUUGGAAAGAGUUGGUCGACCCAAGCCAGCCAGUGGAAUCAGCGAAGAAAAUUGGCGCUGCUUUGGCGCGGCCUACCACAGUUCCCAGUGCUGUCGCCAGCGUCGCGGAGUGCAUCACGACACCGGCGCACCUGUCGAUUGUGGCCCUCCUAGACCCGCCCUUCAUGGCGAAGGUGCGAGAUGCCGUAUUGCACGACCUCCUGAACGCCCUGACGAUGGCGCAUGACCUUGACCCCAUGCCCGUUUGCUCCGAGAUGCUGGUAGAGAUGGCGAAGCUAAAUCUCGUAGUACUCCGCGGUGUGGCAUCGACUCUGGAGGCACUAUUGAGCGACCCAGGCAGUCGCCGGGCGGCCAUUGCGGCACUGGGUAAGCUGGCGGACCAGAAACGCGGCAAUGAGGUGUUUCUGGGGGCAAUGCAAAACUUGGAACCGCUCGUGCGGAUGAUAGAGGAGCCGGAGUACGUGUACGACCGUCUUACUAUUGCGCGUCUGUUAGGAUGGGAUGGGCCUCACAAGGCGGCCUCGCUUGUGCCAGUGAAAAGGAUGGAGCAACCCUCCACGGUCACUUCCAUGGCAUAUUUUCGCCAGCGCGAUGAGCUUGUCUCGGGACGCCUUGAUGGGACGGUCACCAUGUGGGGCGGUCCACAGUCGUCCACAGGGGAUAUUAAGGCGGCAAUGACGAUAGAUCUCCCACCGCAGUGUGUGCCCGUAGGAAUGGACGGUCCGCCACGAGGGAACUACCUGGUGAUCGCUGGAAUGCCAUUUCCUGCCGCCAACUUACAGGCUCUGGAGGGUGAGAACGGCAGCAUGAGCUCUAAUCUUAUUAGCAACAAUGGCAGCACGAAGCGGAACUCGUCCGCAACCGUAGCGAAGGGGCCUUUACUGCGUUUUCUCACGUGCAAUGAGAGUACAGGGGCGUGGACAAACGGAGAGACGAUAUCGCGAAGGGAAAAUGUCACACUGACUGCGUUGGCCGCGCUAGGAAGUCUCAUCGUAUGUACCGCAGAAAGUGCCCCCACCGACAAGUUUUCUGAGUUCGGGCUGCAGCACGACUUAGUUCUUCUUAAUGGUCACACCUCUCAACCUUUGCGACGCUUUGAAAAGGCCCAUGGGGAUUAUAUCACCGUCAUUCGCGCCGCUGAGGACGGCGACCGCAUUCUCUUCACAGGCUCACGUGACUCGGUGGUUAAAGUGUGGGACACCCGUAGUGGCAGCAAUCGUGCCAAUUUAACAACCACAGCCUCGGUGGCCGCCCAAGGCACACCGCUGCAUCGGCUGAAAGGCAGCCACACAGACACCAUUACGUCAAUCCUGCUUCACCGCAACGCCCUCUUGACGGCGUCCCUAGACGGCUCAUUCCUUGUCUGGGAUGCACGCCGCAUGAAUGAACCAAUGCACGAACUCCACCUAAGGGACCCGAUCCUUGACCUCGCGCUUUUAGAUAGCGGCUACGUGGUUGUCUCUACCGCGCGGGGGCUCAACCUCUACUCACUUGAUACGCGUAAGACACACGAUGUAGUUCCUAACGUCGCCUUUACGCAGCUAAAAGCAAACCAUGAUGGUAGCGUCCUUUUCGCUGCAGGUGGUGGCGGCGUCAGCAUUUUUGCGCUGCACCGCUAG